AUGCCACAAGAUUUAUCAGCAACACCUGAAACCCCCAAAGAAGAUGGCAGACCCAAGUGGGACAAUAAGUUCCAGUACAUUUUGAGCUGUAUCGGAUUUGCCGUUGGCCUGGGGAACGUGUGGCGCUUUCCAUACUUGUGUCAGAUACACGGAGGCGGGGCUUUCCUGAUCCCAUACUUCAUCGCUCUUGUCUUUGAAGGAAUCCCACUGCUACACCUCGAGCUGGCCCUUGGGCAGUGCCUGAGGAAAGGCAGCAUUGGAGCCUGGAACACCAUCUCUCCUUACCUUGGAGGCAUUGGAGUUGGUUCAUGGAUGGUGUCGAUUCUGGUGAGCUUAUUCUACAACACUGUUUUAACUUGGGUGAUGUGGUAUUUCAUAAACUCCUUCCAAGAACCUCUUCCUUGGAGUGUUUGUCCUCUAAAUGAAAACAGAACAGGGUUUAAUGAAGAAUGUUAUGAAAGCACUGCAGUAAAUUAUUUCUGGUACAGGAAAACUUUGAACAUAACACCUGAUAUUGCUGAGAGCGGCACGUUCCAGUGGUGGCUCAUUUUGUGCUUAGCAGCUUGCUGGGCAAUUGUCUAUCUCUGCACCAUCCGAGGAAUUGAAACCACAGGGAAGGCAAUUUAUGUCACAGCAAUAUUUCCAUAUCUGGUCCUGACUAUAUUCCUUAUUCAAGGACUCACUCUACCAGGAGCCACUGAAGGUCUGAUUUACCUCUUCACCCCUAAACUGAACACUUUGAAAAAUCCCCGUGUAUGGCUUGAUGCAGCUACACAGAUUUUCUUCUCUCUCUCUUUGGCUUUUGGAGGGCUUAUUGCAUUCGCGAGCUACAAUCCAGAAAAAAAUGACUGUGAAAAGGAUGCUGUGACAGUAGCAAUUGUGAACAGCAUGACAUCCCUCUACGCUUCCAUCCCAGUCUUUUCUGUUUUGGGGUUUAAAGCAACCACAGCCUACUGGGACUGCUUGGACAGGAACAUUAUCCAUAUCAUCAAUGAAUUUGAUCUUCCAGAAGAAAGCAUCAUGCGACAGAACUAUACAUCCUGGAUUAGUUUUUUGAAUUCAUCAUAUCCAGAAAAGAUUGCUGGACUCAAACUGAAAAGCUGUGAUCUUCAAGAAUUUCUUGAUCAGAGUGUCUCAGGAACUGGCUUGGCUUUCAUUGUUUUCACUCAAGCUAUCAUCCUCAUGCCAGGCUCCCAAGCCUGGGCCAUCCUGUUUUUCAUCAUGUUGUUCAGCUUGGGCCUUUCUUCCAUGUUUGGAAACAUUGAGGGUGUCUUCACUCCUCUUCUAGAGCUUCAAAUUCUACCUAAAUCAGCACCUAAAGAGCUAUUAUCUGGUAUAAUAUGUCUAAUUAGCUUCCUCAUUGCUCUGUGUUUUACACUGGGUUCAGGGAGUUACUGGAUUGACAUUUUUGACAGAUAUGCAGCUUCAGUGCCUCUUCUAGUCAUCGCUUUUUUUGAAGUGAUUGGAGUUGUGUACAUCUAUAAAAUUAAAAGGUUCAGUGAAGAUGUGGAAUGGAUGACCGGAAGAAAACUCAGUCUCUUCUGGCAGAUCACAUGGAGGUUUAUUAGCCCUCUGCUCCUGCUAAUUGUCUUCAUGGCCUUUGUUACUCUUCAGAUGCAGAAGCCGCCAAGCUACACAGCCUGGAAUCCUAAAUAUGAAGGCUUCCCCAUGAAAGAGGAGAAAGUUUAUCCACCUUGGGUACAGGCCAUUUGUGUGCUGCUGGCUGCCCUUCCUUGUGUGUGUGUACCUCUGGUAGCGCUCUUCCACCUGGUCAAACAGAAGCGCAGGAGCAAGGAGCCAAGCCUUGUACCACCAGAAGUCUCCUUCUGUCAGGGGGCUAACAGCAACUUUUCUCAUCCAAAAGAAUAA